AUGGAUUAUACUAGUGAAAAAUACGGUCAGCUGGUAUCGAACACGGAUAGUGAACUAAUCGAAAGAACAGCAAAGAUUUUGGUUGAACUUGUUGUUGAUGGCUCUGUCGACUCGAUUUUAACAUACAAGAAGAGUGACUUCCAUCGUAUUUUCAAAGUAUACUGGCUGAAGACCUUUCCCACGAUAGUGUCUGAUUUGGAGGCAUUUGAAUCAAAAAGCGGAGACGAUGAACCAGUUUUGGAAAAAGACCAGGAAGAGUUUACGGCUCUUGUACACCAACUAACAUCGUUUAAAUAUCUUAACAAUUCUCAUAAGAUAGCUAGCUUCUUUAGGAAGAAGAUUGUGAACAAUGACUCUUUCAAUUUGACAGACUUGGGUAUAUUUAAUGAUUUGGUGGACUUCUUCUCGUCUAAGGGAGAUUCCAGUAUGGUAAGCAGGGUCUUCAGAAAGAUGGACGAAUUAGGUGUACAGGCGAACGUUUUCACUUUCAAUAUUCUGGGGAAGAACUAUAUGAGCCGUACAGAUGUGGUGUUGGAAAGACUAGUCAUGUGGGAAUCUCUUCUACGGCAUAUGGUAAAACAGGGAGUCAAGCCUGACUUGGUCAGCUGGUAUUUGACUUUGAGUCUUCUACCUUCCAAAUCAGAAUCAAAAGUAUGGAUGCUCAAAUUAAUGACUGAGAAAAAAUUGAACGGGGUUUCUAAAUUCCAUGACAUUCAAUUGACGGAUAUGCUCAAUAAAGGAGCCUCAAUAAAAGAGAUGGCAAAAUAUUAUUGUUCCCAGCCACGGGAACAACUUGACGUUAAUUGCAUGAACACGAUAGUUUUCAAAUACCUUCAAAUGAACGAGUUUGAGAAGGGCUGGAGAUUUAUGAGUGCAGAAGCAUUAAAUGAAGAUAAUCCCGUGAAGCCCAGAAAUUCUACGCUGACAAUAUUCCUGAAAGAUUGUAAGAUUAAGGAUAAAUUAGAGCUAAUGGUCCGCAUCAUCAAUACGAUGAGAUUGCGGUAUAGAUUGAUCAAUUAUAACUCUAAUCGGAUGGUUUUAGACUACCUUUUGAAAAUUGAUGACGAAGUUUUACCCAAGUGGUACCCGCUCUUCGUAAAAUAUAUGCUUCGGUAUGAUCUCUCAUACGGAAUUGACCGUUAUAGAAGACUAGAUGUACUUGUGAAACGGUUGCAAUAUAAAGUGAAUAAGAGUUUCAAAAGUGACAAUGCUUUAUUACUCUGCACAGUUUCAUUAGAAAAAGUAACGAGAUUUGAAAAGCAAUUUUUCCAUAACAUGGAGAAAUUGGUUGUUUUAGAGAACGAGGCUCUGGCACGGCGUGAAAGAGAAUACUUGCUACUGGAAGAUGGAGAGGAAGAGAAUGAUGAAACAAGCCGGUUGGUUGAUGAUCUGGAUAGUAGUGUAGGGGGAAGAUCGAUGGAUUGGUAA